AUAUAUCCACCUCUUCCCCUUCUAUAUAUGACUCUAUUCCCUCAUGGCUCAUGGCUCAUAGGUUAAGUUAAACCCAUGUCUUCGUAAAAUUCUCUCUCUCUCACAGCAAAAUCAGAAAGAAACACUGCAGUUUAGAGCAGAGACAUAUAUCCUCUCUCAGAAUCAGAACAGUUAGUUGAGUAACGGUUUUCUUAGUUUUUUCUUAUUUUAUUUUAUUGGGAGAAUUAAUUAAAAGAAAAAUAAAAUGAUUACCUGGGGCGAUCUGUACACGGUGUUGACGGCCAUGAUUCCGCUGUACGUGGCGAUGAUUCUGGCGUACGGUUCGGUGCGGUGGUGGAAGAUAUUCUCGCCGGACCAAUGCUCCGGCAUAAACCGGUUCGUGGCGAUCUUCGCCGUGCCGCUGCUCUCGUUCCACUUCAUCUCGAGGAACAACAUUUACGCCAUGAACUUCCGGUUCAUCGCCGCCGACACGCUCCAGAAAAUCAUCAUGCUGUUCGCGCUGGCGAUUUGGACCAACUUCACCGCCAACGGAAGCCUGGAGUGGAUGAUCACCAUCUUCUCCCUCUCCACAUUGCCGAACACGCUCGUCAUGGGAAUCCCGCUCCUCAUCGCCAUGUACGGCGACUAUUACGGCAACCUCAUGAUCCAGGUCGUCGUUCUCCAGUGCAUCAUCUGGUACACGCUCCUCCUCUUCCUCUUCGAGUACCGCGGCGCCAAGCUUCUCAUCAUGGAGCAGUUCCCCGAAACCGCCGCCUCCAUCGUCUCCUUCAAGGUCGACUCCGACGUCGUUUCGCUCGACGGAAGGGAUUUUCUCGAAACCGACGCGGAAGUCGGCGACGACGGCAAGCUCCACGUCACGGUUAGAAAGUCCAACGCCUCCAGACGCUCCUUUAUGAUGACGCCCCGCCCUUCUAACCUCACCGGCGCCGAGAUUUAUAGCCUCAGCUCGUCCCGUAACCCCACGCCACGUGGCUCUAACUUCAACCACGCGGAUUUCUACUCCAUGAUGGGGUACGCGCCGCGCCAUUCUAACUUCGGCGCUGCGGAUUUAUACUCCGUGCAGUCCACGUCACGCGGCGUCACGCCGCGCCCCUCCAAUUUCGAGGAGAACGCUGCACCCGCGCCGCAGGCUAUCAGCUCCCCCAGGUUCGGGUUUUACCCUGCGGUGCAGACUGCGUACCCGGCUCCGAACCCGGAAUUCUCUUCUGGCUUAACCAAGAGUGUCAGCAAGAACUCACAAACACAGCCACAGCCUCAGCCUCAGCCUCAGCCUCAGUCUCAGCCUCAGGCGCUACAGGUUCAACCUCAGGCUGCUCCUCCUCAAGUUGCUCAACCAGCCAACAGUGCUAACAAGGCCAGCCACGAUGCUAAGGAGCUCCACAUGUUCGUGUGGAGCUCCAGCGCGUCACCGGUUUCUGAAGCCGGCGGCCUACAUGUGUUUAGUGGAGCCGAUUUCGGAGCGUCCGAUCAGUCCGGACGCUCCGAUCAAGGUGCCAAGGAGAUUAGGAUGUUGGUUGCUGAUGACCAUACUCAAAAUGGGGAAACCAAUAAAGCUGCGCCGGAGGGAGAGUUUGCUGCGGAAGAGUUGAAGUUUCCGGGGAAAGAAGGGGAACAAGCGGAGGAAGAGGGAGAGAAAGCAGGACCUGCUGGGCUUAACAAGCUGGGUUCAAGUUCAACGGCGGAGCUGCACCCGAAAGGCGCCGGCGCCGGCGGCGCGAAACACAUGCCUCCGGCGAAUGUGAUGACUCGACUCAUACUGAUUAUGGUGUGGCGGAAGCUUAUUCGCAACCCCAACACUUACUCUAGUCUCAUUGGUGUCAUUUGGUCCCUGGUGGCUUUUAGGUGGCAUGUGAGCAUGCCGAAAAUAAUAGAGAAAUCAAUCUCCAUACUGUCUGAUGCUGGUCUUGGAAUGGCUAUGUUCAGCUUGGGUCUCUUCAUGGCUCUUCAACCCAAGAUAAUUGCGUGUGGGAACUCCGUUGCUACAUUUGCCAUGGCUGUUCGAUUCCUCACAGGUCCCGCCGUCAUGGCAGCAGCUUCCAUCGCUGUUGGCCUACGUGGCACCCUCUUACGUGCAGCUAUUGUUCAGGCUGCACUUCCACAAGGGAUUGUGCCAUUUGUGUUUGCCAAGGAAUACAACGUUCAUCCACAAAUUCUUAGCACAGGGGUUAUAUUUGGGAUGUUGAUAGCUCUACCAAUUACUCUACUCUACUACAUACUGCUCGGUUUGUAAAAUAUCUAUGCAGUAGUAGCCAUCAUACCAGGACAGAAUGAAUGACCUUUUAUACUUUGGGAGUUAGCAUGCAUAUGAGGAUGUGGAUUUUGUGAGUGGGGAGAACAAAAAUCAGAAAAUAGUAUCCUUAAAGCAGAGGAGAUCCUUGAGAGUUUCCAAAAUUUUUGGAAUUUUAGAAAAUUUGACCAAUUGGCCCAAAUCCCCAUAAUUGUAAUCUCCUGUCAAAAGUCCAAAAUACACGCAAUUUUCAAGAGCUGAAAGGAACAAGUACAAGUUACGGGAGACAUAGCAGAGGAAAACAGGGGAAAGCUCGCAUGAAUAGGGUCAAUGAAAUCAAGAAAAUGGUUCCCUCCGUAUCUGCAUUGUAAAUUUUAAUUAGAAAGUCAUGUUUGUGUCAUCGAGUAACAGAGACAGCUUAGCAAUUGGGUAGGGGAAAUGAAAUUGGAAUAUAAGAGGAAGAUUGGUUUUUUAAGUCAUUUGUUUACUUCAAUUUGAUUAUUAAACUAUGGGUGUUUUUGUCUUUGAUCAUCCGCGGAUCCCGCAAUUA